UCAAAGAAAGGCGGCAAAGGCAGGCAAAGGAUAGCAAAGGUCAUGGCGACUGUUUACUGCCAGACAGAGGAGACGCUGCAAAGUAGCCCAUUGAUGUCGCUGCCUGCCGUCGCAUCGAAUGUUCGCAUCAAGGUGGAGCCAAGUAGCCCUGGAACAACACUGCCUCAUGUCAUGGAGAAUGUUGACAUCAAGGUGGAACCCAGCAGCCCUGUGACCGUGCUUCCUCCUGACGUGACCUAUGAUGAAAUCAAGGAGGAGAUUACAAUGCCAAACAGUCCUGUGCCAUCUCCUGUCAUGGACACUGUUGAUAUCAAGGUGGAACCAACCAGCCCUAUGGCCAUGCUUGCUACUGGACACCUCGACAUGGAUGACGAAAAACCAUCCAAUUUAGAAGCCCUGCAGCCGUGCAUCAUAGGCAUAAACCAAUUGUCGAGCUGCUCUGAAGCUUCAAGAGACAUGGCCACCACAGAUAGCAACCCAGGUGCCCGUAAAGACAAUCUGGAGAUGUCAUCUGACGUGGCAUCGAGCUGUGCCAGCCUUUCUGGACUUUCCAGCGACGACUUCAGCGACGACUUCAGCUACGAUGUGAGCGUGGAAGGAUCGCCGUUUGAUUUCGACCCGCCAUCGCGUGAACCAACUGACUUGUGCCGCACCGAACGCAUCGAGCAGUGGCAAAAUGAAGGGUGUUCUUGUGGUGAAUGCCUACCAGCCCGCAGCGACGAGAUGCUGUGCUGCCGGAGCAUCCCCGUCGUCGCGGCAAUGCUCGGGGGAACCACUUGCAUUUGCGAGCACCGAGUGUUCCCGCUGCUCUGUUUAGAUGGCGACCUACUGGAGGUCAGCAGGCGGCAGCUGAAUUUUUAUAACCCUACUUACCUGGAAGGUGCCGAUCGCAACAGUGCACUGAGGUACACUGCAUAUAGGUUGUUCGUCUGGUGGACCUGGAGCAGCCUGGGGCGAGAGAAUCGUCAGCCAUUGCCUGGAUGUGUCCUUCGGCGCAUCAGGAAUGCGUUUCCUUCUGCUACUUACAAGGUGUUUUCUUGGGUAUAGCUUCUCAUCUCAUGCAUAUAAGCAAGACGUCCUACAGAAGAUGAAAACAAGGCCAUUGAACAUCCGUGUCAUGGUGUACAUAGCUUUCAACAAUGUAUGUGGCAAACAUGCAGUUUGCAGAAAGAGAAAUUUAGUGAUGGCCAAAUGACAGCAAAAUGGAUCUCUAUCAUUGCAUGUACAUAUGUCAUUAACUUCCGACAUUGAAAGUUAGGCACUAUGGCAAUACUGCAACUUCU